CUCUUGUAAUUGAUUUUGACAUGGGGAGGCCCAACUUUCAAGGGAUUAUCGUGACUUGAGUGGUCUAAUACGUCGUAGCCGCCUCUUAUGAUUGGUUCUGAUAUACAUUAAUGGAUGAGAGUUCUCAUCAUGCAACAGGAAAAGAUUUGUUCACACAGUCAGUGGUAACUUCUUUUGAUUCUGGGAGCCGUGAACAUAUCCAUGCACUAGUAGUUAUCACAGCCUUAUUAUAUUAUUAGUACUACACUGAUACUUGUACCUAUUACUACUACCCACUACCUACCGAAACUUUUUUUUAUUGUAGGGGUCAGAACUUCCCUCCCGCCCUCGUCCAUAACAAUACUCAAUAAUAUCGAAAACAAUAACCACUUUUUACUUUUCCCCUCCACCUCCAAAUACCUACCUACCUACCUACCUACCUACCUACCUCCCUCCCUCCCUCCCUCCCUACCUCUUUCAAUCCUCCCACUCUCAUCAUAUCGCAAAUUCUUCGCCAUGGCUGCAGUAAGCUUCAAAUUCAUUCUAUUCUGUAUCUUUUGACUCUACUUGAAUUCGUACUUACAAUUUUCUAGGCAAUUCAGACCGUCUCGGAGAGCAAAGAGUUGCGCGGGCUCAAUUUAAUUGCUGCUCAUUCUCAUAUUCGCGGUUUAGGUGUCGAUCCAGAUAAUCUCGAACCACGCGCAUCCUCACAGGGACUUGUAGGCCAGGAAAAGGCGCGUAAAGCUGCGGCCGUGAUUCUACAGAUGGUGAAGGAAGGGAAGAUAGCAGGUCGAGCGGUUUUAAUCGCAGGUCCUCCAAGGUAUGCGAUUUAUACUCGGUCAUAAAAAUCUCAUAUUAACUUGUACCUGUCAGCACGGGAAAAACUGCAAUAGCAAUGGGAAUGGCACAGUCUCUAGGUUCCGAUGUGCCAUUUACCAUGUUGGCUUCCUCGGAAAUAUUCUCGCUCGAAAUGUCAAAAACCGAAGCUCUUACCCAAGCUUUUCGAAAGUCCAUCGGCGUGCGCAUAAAGGAGGAGAGUGAGAUGAUCGAGGGAGAGGUCGUCGAGAUACAGACCGACAGGAGUGUGACCGGUGGUACCAAGCAAGGAAAGUUAACCAUCAAGACCACAGAUAUGGAAACUAUAUAUGACAUGGGCAGCAAGAUGAUUGAUUCCAUGACAAAAGAGCGUGUAAUGGCAGGAGAUAUUAUUUCAAUCGACAAAUCGUCGGGCAAGAUUACUAAGCUGGGACGAUCAUAUGCAAAGUCAAGAGAUUACGAUGCAAUGGGUGUGGACACAAAAUUCUUGCAGUGCCCAGACGGAGAGCUGCAAAAGCGCAAAGAGGUGGUCCACACUGUGAGCUUGCACGAGAUCGAUGUCAUCAACUCGAGAACCCAAGGUUUCUUGGCUCUCUUCUCAGGAGACACGGGAGAGAUCAGGAGUGAGGUUCGUGAUCAGAUCAACACGAAGGUUGCGGAAUGGAAGGAAGAGGGAAAGGCCGAGAUUGUACCUGGUGUUCUCUUCAUCGACGAAGUUCACAUGCUGGAUAUCGAAUGCUUUUCAUAUAUCAAUCGCGCCUUGGAAGAUGAGCUCGCACCCAUCGUCAUAAUGGCAAGCAAUCGCGGAAAUUCCAGAAUUAGAGGCACGAAUUACAAAAGUCCCCACGGAUUGCCUCUGGACUUCCUAGAUCGGGUCGUUAUCGUUAGUACUCAUCCGUACGCCAAAGAAGAAAUCCAACAGAUCCUUUCCAUCCGUGCACAAGAGGAGGAAGUCGAUGUUUCCCCCGAUGCACUCGCCUUGCUAACUAAAAUUGGUCAAGAGACCGGUCUCAGAUAUGCUAGUAACCUCAUCACAACAUCACAACUCAUCUGUGCGAAGCGAAAGGCGAAGCAAAUUGGUAUCGAAGACGUUCAACGAAGCUUCACUCUUUUCUUUGACUCUGCACGUAGUGUCAAAUUCGUUACGGACUUUGAGAAGCGGCUCAUCGGCGAGGAGGGAGGUGUGAACUUGUCAGUGACCAAUGGUCAUGGCGAUGCAAUGGAGCUUUCAUGA